ACAGGUCUUUAUUUUUUGAAAUAAACACACCUAUUAAUCCCUAUAUCAUUAUUUUUCUUUUCUUUGGAUUUAUAUAAAGAGGUAUGUCUUCAGCAUUUGAAUCCUUUGUUGCUGUACAUAAAUAUCAAUUAUCUUCAAUACCUGAAGAAUUAUGGCAGUCCCUUUUUAUGAAAUUGGGCGAAGAUUAUCUCGAUGCAGGUAAUUUUGUUGAGCUUCAUCAUGGUGAUCCUAUGGAAGGUUACACUCUUCACGUCAAAGCUGAUAAAACAAUUAAAAAACACAGUGAGAUAUUCUUAGUUGAUCAUGCUUGGACUACUUCUCCAGAAACAGCAAAAGAAGAAUUACGCUUAAAUCCUUCUUUGAUGGAUCGACUUGAAAAUUUGAUGAACAUUGAUCCCAUCGAUGCUCCUGUAGAUUCUGAUGAUGAAGAGGAUGACGAAAUAAAGCCUAGCGAUGAAUUAGUUCAACUUGUAGCUACUCAAGCUAAUGUCUCAGAAAAAGAAGCUAGAGAAGCAUUAAUAGCUGAGAACAAUGAAGUAGUAAAUGCUAUUAUGCAUUUAACAAUCGAUCCUGAAGCAAAAGCUGAAGCAGAUAGAUUACAGGAUCAAGUAAUGGGUCAAAUGCUUGCAAGUGGAAAGCCUCAAGAGAAAGAGGACAAGGAAAAUAGAGAAAGAUUAAAGAGAAGAGAGGAAAGAGAAAAGACAUGGAUAAAUCAACGUGUCGAGCAGAUUUACGAAAAAAUGUGGUCGUAUCUUCAAACCUAUACUUAUUCUAUUCUUCAACAAGAUGGUCAACCCAUUUCUCAAACUGCUUGGUAUAUUACUGAUGAAGUUGGCUCUGCCAUCUGCCAUUCUUCUGACCCUAAUGUCAUCUGUUUACCUUUCAUCUUUUCUCGUGGUGCAAGCGGAAUGAUUCCGUAUAGUGUUAUUUUCCCCAUUAAAGAUAUUGGACCUGGAGAAAUAAUUACAUGCGAUAUUUUGCCAAAGAGCAUUCAACGUGAAUCAGACAAGCUUGCUUAUCUUUUUGCCUUUGAAGAUAGAGUUUUGUUGGAUAAUGGUAUUCAGAGCAAGCGUAAUGAAUUAAUUGAUUUAUUCAAAGCGAAACAAGAAAAAUUGAAGAAUCAAACAUUUACAUCCGUUGAAAGUUUAAAGUAUUUGUCUGCCGAAAAAGUAUUAGAGACUUUGAAAAAGGAGGGUGAAGAUAAGGCCAAGGCUGAAAAGAUUGUCGUUUAUACUGAUACUACAUUUAUUCAACAAUACUUAAAACUGGAUAACGUCAAGUUUACAGACGAUCCUAUUAAGGCUGAUAUCAUCUGGACUAGCAAUAUGUUCGAAAGCUGGGAUUCUCUUAAAUCUCAACAAAUUAUUAAUCGAAUCCCUAACGAAGAAUGUAUUACUUUUAAAAAUAAGUUAAAUGAAUUAAUCUAUAAUACUUUUGGUCUCCCUGAUUGGUAUCUUCCUACAUAUAAUAUCACAACUCAGUUAUCAGAAUUUGUUGGUGACUUCUUAAGUAAAGAAGAUGAAGUAAAUACAAAUAUCUGGAUUACAAAGCCCUGGAGUAUGUCUAGUAGUUCAAGUCUUGAUGUUACAAAAAACCUUUCUAAAAUCAUUCGUCAAUAUGAUAAUCCAGUACCCAGAAUUGCUCAACAGUAUUUGACUUCUCCUUGUCUUUACAAUGGAAAAAAAUUCGGUCUUCAUUAUUUUGUCCUUGUCUAUCGUACUGAGCCUCAUUUAGUUGCUUGUGUUUAUAACAUGUUUUUGGUUCGUUUAGCUAAUAAAAAGUACAGCAUAGAGAAUUUGGACGAUCAUGAGAGUCAGCUUACAACAAUGAAUCAAAUGACUCAAUUAGACUGCAAGAGUUUCAUUCAUAACGUUGAAAAGCAACACAAUUUUAAAUGGGAUUUCAUUCAAAGAGAUAUUAACACAGUUAUAAAAAAUAUUUUGAUUGCUGCAACAAAUACAUCUCAACCUUUAGGUUCAUUAACAGAAAAUAAUACUUCAAAGUUGAAUACAUUUAGUGUUUAUGGAGUAGAUAUUAUAUUAACAAAUACUUUUAAGCCUAUCAUCACUGGUGUUAACUCUUCUCCAGAUUGUAUCAAAGCCUGUGAAUAUGAUUCUGAAUUUGUCAAUGAUAUCUUUUCAGUAAUUGAUGGCCGUUUUGGUAACAUCGAGAAAAGCUUAAGUAAAUUUACACCACUAUAAAAUAAAGAUUUUGGUUUAAGGAUU